AUGCACCACCGUAAAGGCGACAGCGACCAGGACUUGUGCCAUGACGAGAAGGGCUGGACGUGGCACGGUUCCACAGGGUGCUGCCACGAAAGCCCCCUGGGCACCACGGACCUGUCCCCUUGCCACGACCCCGGCAGCAUCAGCCGUGACAUCGAGGGGUCCUGCCAGAGCGAGCCGCAAAGCUGCCAGCCCAUGGAGCCGUGCCCACCCCAGACCUGCUGCCCACCACAGCAAAGCUGCGAUUUCGGCAAGCCCCGGCGGCGGGUGGAGGUGAGCCACGUGCAGCCUGUCUGCCCCCCACCCGUGAAAAUCCACCGCCGCCCGCUGCAGCAGUACCGCCCGCCCCUGCGCUGCGAGGAGCCGGGGUGCUGCGGCAAACCCCGGCGGCGAGUGGAGCAGUGCCCGGAGGAGGACGCCUGUCCCCCCGUGAUACUGCAUCCCCGGCCGCUGCAGCAUCGCUGCCCCUGCAUCCCAGUCUGCUGCCCACCCGUCCAGCACCGCUGCCCAGCCCCUGUGCCCCUGCCGCUGCAUCCUGGCCGGCACCAGCAAAAGCAGGUCCCUCUCUUGCCACCCUGUCUGCAGACGAAAUGA